GCGCGCGUCGUGCGACCCCCAGCGGCCGGACAUGGCGCUGCUUCCCCGCCGCCCGGCCUCCCGGGGGUUGGAGAACGCCGAUCCAGAGAUCCAACUCAAACCCAAGAGCCAUGUCACCGUCCGAAGGGGCAGACCUGCCCUGGGAGAAAUCGGGAACAAAGUCGCCAACAGAGGCGUUCAAGUAGCCAAGAAAGCCGGAAGCACCAAGCUUCCUGUCACAUCCACGAAGGGAAUCGUCAAAGCCACUAAUGUCACCGCCCCCAAGCCCCCCGUUCCCGGCAAGCCGGUGCUGAAGGAAGCCCCCGUACCCAAGGCCCCGUCUCCCGAGCCGGCCCCUAUGGACGUGUCGAUGUCGGAAGAGGCCCUGUGCCAGGCUUUCUCGGACAAGCUUCUCUGCAGGAUCGAGGACAUCGACGGUGAGGACGGGGACAACCCCCAGCUGUGCAGCGACUACGUCAAGGAGAUCUACCAGUACCUGCGGCAGCUGGAGGUGCAGCAGUCGAUCCACCCCAACUUCCUGGACGGCAAGGAGCUCAACGGGCGCAUGCGUGCCAUCCUGGUGGACUGGUUGGUACAAGUCCACUCCAAGUUCCGCCUGCUGCAGGAAACGCUGUACAUGUGCGUGGCCAUCAUGGACCGCUUCUUACAGGCUCAGCCGGUGUCUCGCAAGAAGCUUCAGCUGGUGGGCGUCACGGCUCUGCUGCUGGCCUCCAAGUACGAGGAGAUCUUCUCGCCGGACAUCCGGGACUUCGUCUACAUCACCGACCAGACCUACACCAGCUCCCAGAUCAGGGAGAUGGAGGUCCUCAUCCUCAGCGAGCUCAAGUUUGAGCUGGGCCGGCCCCUGCCCCUCCACUUCCUGAGGCGGGCCUCCAAAGCGGGCGAGGCUGACGCCGAACAGCACACGCUGGCCAAGUACCUGAUGGAGCUGACCAUCGUCGACUACGACAUGGUCCACUACCCCCCGUCUGCGAUCGCCGCCGCAGCCUCCUGCCUCUCUCAGAAGAUCCUGGGUCAAGGCGAGUGGAGCCCAAAGCAGCAGUACUACACCGGCUACAGCGAGGACGAGGUGUGGGAAGUCAUGCAACACAUGGCCAAGAACGUGGUUAAAGUCAACGGAAACUUAAACAAAUUCAUUGCUGUCAAGAACAAGUACGCCAGCAGCAAGCUCAUGAAAAUCAGCACCAUCCCUCAACUCAACUCCAAAACCAUCCAGGACCUAGCCCAGCCUCUGCUGGGCAGGGGCUAGAGCGGGCACCCCCGGGGCUACAGCGGGCACCCGGGGCCAGGGCAGCCAGCCAGGCGACCGACCGACUGCCUUAGCCACGCACUUUUGUCUCCUCAGGAUGUGAACCUGCUCCUUCUGUAAAUAAUCAUCUCCCGAGCAACAUGGGUGUGGGGAAUGGGUGCAAGCUUAUUUUCUAACCUAAAGUAUAAAAUAUUUAAACUUCCCAGAGGGGGAAAUUAAAGUCUCUGAUUUUUA